AUGUGGUUCAAGCGUUUCAUGUGGGAACGACUCUACGCGCGGCUGGUCUCCAGUCAGCCCUACCUCCCCGCUGCAGGUGCCGCGGGCAGCGACCCCGCCGCUCAUGGGCGGGCUGGGCAUGGACCGCCCCCGAGCUGUGCCGCCGGUGCCGCCGCGGCCCGAGCAGCCGCGGCAGGUCGCCCUCCUGCUGCAGCCGCCGGGGCCGAAGCUUUUCGGGGCAGUCGAGGCCGCCAAGUCGCCAAGAGACCAGUUUGGCCCGAGCCUGGUGCGCAUGGGCUGCUGGCCUUCGAAGAUGAUCCCGGGCGGGGCGGGGUGAUCGUCGGCCUGCCGUCAGCGUUGUUCCCCGGCGCCGUUCGGGGCCUGGCCCAGGAGGCGGGGUCGGCAGCGGGCGAGAUGGUGGCGGCGGGAGCUGACGUCGGCACCGGCGCCGCCAAGUUCGCGUCGGCAUUCGCCGGCGGCUCCGUCGGAGUGGUUGAGGCAGCGUGGCGAGGCAUGUGCCUACUGGGCGCGGACAUCGCGGGCAGCUCCGGCCGCGUCUUUGUCGUGGGCAAGGAUCGCCGGGCAGAUUUGGGCAGGAAGCUUUGA